GUUGAUCUUCUUCAUCGCCGUCGCUCGGUCGGCUUCGGUUUGUCGGAAAAUUAUUUUCAGAAUAUUCGUUUUCGAUUUAUCAAGAUGGCGAAUUGGAGACACAAAGUGUUUCGACAUUUGGGCUCGUUACAGGGAGCUAGCUACUCAACUAAGCCUUCAAGAAUUAACAAAACAAUGCUCAAUGACCUUAGAAGAAUCAGACCAAUGAUCCAGAGAAGAAUAGAAAAUCGAGCAAAAGAUUAUCCGGUUCAAGAGAUUGUUCCUGUGGCUCAAGAGAUCCUUAAAGCCAGACGAAACCUACUCACUAACGUCACCGUGCUUCUUAAACUGUUUCCUGUCUUGAGAUGCAAGUUCUGCUCGGAAGUGUUUGUUGGCAAAGAAGGACAUUUGAUUCAAACGUGCCGUAGUUAUAUACGGCGUGGCAACAACAGGCUACACGAAUGGGUUCCAGGUUCCAUAAACGAUGUACUUGUCCCCGUUGAGUCCUUCCACUUACACAACAUGUCUCAAGGUGUUAUCAGACACCAACAGAGGUUUGAUUAUAACCGUGUUCCCGCCAUCUUGGAGCUAUGUUGUCAAGCAGGAGCCAUCCAUCCCGAAGAAAUCUUGGAAUAUGCGAAAGUUCACGAUAACCCGCAAAUCUCUGAUGAAGAUGUCAGGAGUAUAUCCACUGAAGAUCUCAAAUACGUUGGAGCAAACGCUCUAACGGCGUGGGAGAAAGUGAGAGCUGGUCUGAAGAAACUAUUGCUUGUUUAUCCUUCGAAGGUCUGCAAACGGUGCAAAGAGGUGCACGUGGGACCGAGCGGUCAUAAAGCUCGUCUCUGUGGUGUGUUCAAAUACGAGAGCUACCAAGGGACUCAUUACUGGGAAAAAGCUGGUGUGAACGAUUUGGUACCUGAGAAAGUUGUGUGGCACAGGAGGCCUCAGGACCCGGUGGUUCUUGUGAAUGAAGGGAGGAAUUAUUACGGACAUGCCCCUGCUAUCGUGAGCCUUUGUAGCCAUGCUGGUGCACUUGUUAGCAACACUAGAUAUGCUUGCGAGAUGAAGCCCCAAGGUUUAUCUUAUCCUCUUAGUUAUUGAAAUCCAAAUCAUGAAACGUAGAGAAUAGUCUUGUGUGUGUUUUAGCAGGAACCAGUUGGUUCUCGUCCGGUUUUCUGAUUGGUUUUGGUUUUAUCUUAGAACCAUAUGAAGCCAAACUAAAUCCAGUCUUCAAUACGUUGCAUGUCUAUUGAAUAUUUGAUAUCCUGUAGUCUGUAGUAGUAUCGCCUCGUUUUAACCUCACUUGAUAUAUUUGGCGUGUCGAUGCCUUUGUCUAAGCAUUGUUUCUUUAUUCGUGACAGUUUUUCUUGACUCUUAUGUAAACUUAAACGACAUUAUUAUUGACAAAUUGCAUUUAUU